AUGGCGACACCUCCUGUGCUCGCGUUCUUGCUGCUUCUCCUCGUUUCAUCCUUUUCACAUGCAUCAGUCGCAGCGGUGCUCCCAGCACACUCCAACCCCAACCCGUUCCCGACAACCACUCCACUGCACCUGCAGGCUCGUCGGCAGCAGCGUGUGCGUCAGCCAAACAGCCCGGCGGACGCUACUAAGCUCGCCGCCGCCGCCGCCGAUGACACCGGUACCACGGCGGGGCCGUUCACGGUGCACUACUUCCAGCAGGAGCUGGACCACUUCUCCUUCACGCCCAACGCGUCGACGGUGUUCUAUCAGAAGUACCUCGUCAACGACACGUUCUGGCGGAGGCCCGGCGGCGGCGGCACGGCCGGGCCGCUGUUGGUGUACGUCGGCGGUGAGGCCGACAUUGAGUGCAUCGCUCACAACGUGGGCUUCAUGUUCGAUAUCGCGCCCACGUUCGGCGCGCUCCUAGUCUUCGUCGAGCAUCGGUUCUACGGGGAGUCGCUGCCGUUUGGGAACAACUCAGCGCAGGCACUCGGCUACUUGACGUCAACGCAGGCACUCGCCGACUUGGCUAUCCUCAUCACCGAUCUUAAGCGGAACCUCUCAGCCGAGACAUCACCCGUAGUCAUCUUCGGUGGCUCAUACGGCGGCAUGUUGGCUUCGUGGUUUAGGCUCAAGUACCCCCAUGUCACCAUUGGGGCCCUCGCAUCUUCGGCACCAAUCCUACAGUUCGACUACAUAACACCUUGGAGCAGCUUCUAUGAUGUUGUCUCACAAGACUAUAAGUCUGAGAGCUUGAACUGCUUCAGUGUGAUCAAGGCAGCCUGGGAUGUGCUGGAGGAGAGGGGCUCCAAUGGCAACGGGCUCGUUGAGCUCAGUAAAUUGUUCAGAGCCUGCAAGACUGUGAAGUACGCUGAUUCAAUUCGAAGGUGGCUUCGGACAGCAUUCGUCUCAAUUGCCAUGAUGGACUACCCAACACCGGCCAGUUUCCUGGAGAAUUUGCCGGCCUACCCCGUCAAGGAGAUGUGCAAGAUCGUUGAUGGGUUCCCUGCCGACGCGGACAUCCUAGAGAAGGUGUUCGCAGCGGCGAGCUUGUACUACAACUACACAGGAGACCAGACCUGCAACCAGAUAGAGGACGAAGGCAACCCCCGUUGUCUUAACCUCAAUUACUGGGGAUGGCAGGCUUGCACAGAGCUGAUGAUGCCAAUGUCAUCCGCAAACGACAGCAUGUUCCCGCCACACACCUUCAGCUACGAGGACAAGGCAAAUUACUGCCUGCAAACGUUCGGGGUUCGUCCCAGGCCACAUUGGAUCACCACUGAAUAUGGUGGAUAUAGAAUUGAUGAGGUGCUCAAGAGGUUUGGCAGCAACAUCAUCUUCUCCAACGGAAUGCGAGACCCAUGGAGUCGAGGCGGGGUGCUCAAGAACAUCUCGUCCAGCAUCGUUGCCCUUGUCACAGAGAAAGGUGCUCACCAUUUGGACCUUAGGUCUGCAACCAAAGAUGAUCCAGACUGGGUUACAGAACAGAGGAGGCAAGAAGUUGAGAUCAUACAUGGAUGGAUAGAUCAGUAUUAUCGAGACAUGGCGCAAGUAUCCUAAGGCUAUUCCUUAACGAGAGUUUCAUCUUUAUGUUAUUUCCAAUACUACCACACCAUCAAGAGUGAGAUGAAAUAAAGAAUGAAAGAUGCACUUUCAAAACAAAGUUUCACUUCA